AUGAUAGCAACCAUGAUUCAAGUGAUUAUACUGUUGCAGUUUGCCUCUGCAGCCGCCCUUACCAUAUUUGCAGUGGUAGGAGUAUCCGUUAAUCAACCGAUUGGUUUUAUCCUUCUUCUGGCAUUGCUUCAGUUUCUCAUAGCACUUCCGGGAUUUGCUUUUCACUUCACCAAAAGAAAUGCAUUUUUCUUCACAUAUGUUCUCUUCCAAGUGACAACGCUCGUAAGUGAGAUAAUUUGGUUUAUCUAUAGCGUCGCUACAAACACGUAUACAGCUAUCACGGUCAUCAUUCUAAUUGUUCUUAUUUUCAUACAGGCCACAGCUGUGCUUGCAGCUACAUUAUUUAAGAAUAUAGUUGUAAAUAUGAAAGAUGGAAAGAUUACAAAACGGCACCAAGUUAAACGUAAAAAGAACAAGGGUGUUAGCGAAGAAGGAAACGUAGAGAGUAAGAUUAUUUGCAGGUGGGCUGUUUCAUAAAU